GAUGCGUUACCUCUCUUAAAAAACAAAGAUGGCUGAUGUGCUACUGGAACUGAGAAUCGGAUAUGUUUAUGAACUGUAAAAAUUAUUGAUUGUGAAAAUUUAUGAAUGGAAUAAGUUCUAUGGGCUUUUAUAUGAGUUGUAUUUAACGAUGACGGCUAACAUGUAUAGAGUAGGAGAUUAUGUCUAUUUUGAGACAUCAGCAACUGCUCCUUUCCAGAUUAGAAGAAUUGAAGAGCUUAUAAAGACGCCAAACGGAAACGUCGAGGCAAAAGUUAUGUGCUUCUACAGACGACGUGAUAUUGCCACAUCCUUAGUGAUGAUGGCUGACAAGCAGCGUCAUGAAAAUAUGGAUGCUACAUUAAUAAGUGCCUUAGAAGAAGAGCAAGAGCGUGAAGCUGAACAGUUAGCUGAAAAAGAACGUCAUCAGUUAAAACACAGAGAACUCUUUUUGUCAAGACAAGUUGAGACUUUGCCUGCAACACACAUUCGAGGGAAAUGUUCAGUAACUCUUCUGAAUGAAACAGAAUCACUCUUGUAUUAUUUGAAUAAAGAUGAUUGCUUCUUUUAUUCAUUGGUGUUUGAUCCACAACAAAAAACAUUGUUGGCUGAUAAAGGUGAAAUUAGAGUAGGACCCAGAUACCAAGCUGAAAUUCCUCCAUUAUUGCCAGAAGGUGUCGAAGAUCCACGAAAAUCUGAAGAUUUGGAACAGCUAGUGUACACACCACAUCAUAACUUAACAGAUCGUCAAAUAGACCAAUUUCUCAUCAUUUGCCGCUCUGUUGGCACUUUUGCAAGAGCACUGGAUUGUUCUAGUUCAGUUAAGCAGCCUAGUUUACAUAUGAGUGCAGCAGCAGCAUCACGUGAUAUUACUUUGUUUCAUGCUAUGGACAUUUUACACAAGCACAAUUAUGACAUUACUAGUGCAAUAUCAUCACUUGUACCAUCUGGAGGGCCUGUUUUGUGCCGAGAUGAAAUGGAAGAAUGGUCUGCUUCUGAAGCAAAUCUUUUUGAAGAAGCUUUAGAAAAAUAUGGCAAAGAUUUCAUUGACGUUCGACAGGAUUUUCUACCAUGGAAAAGUCUGAAAAAUGUGAUUGAAUAUUAUUAUAUGUGGAAAACAACUGACAGAUAUGUUCAACAGAAACGUGUGAAAGCAGUUGAAGCGGAGAGCAAACUUAAACAAGUUUACAUUCCAAAUUACAACAAUAAACCGGGUGUGUUAAAUGGUGCUUGUGCUGGUGAAAGCCCGUCAGCUAGCGGUCGUCCAUGUGAAAGCUGCUAUACUCCCACUUCUAGUCAAUGGUAUGCAUUUGGGCCUGCACAUUUACAGUGCCGUCUAUGUCAAUCUUGUUGGAACUAUUUUAAACGAUUUGGAGGGUUGAAAUAUCCCACACGUCUAGAAUCUGUGGAUUUAGUUUCUGGCUCAGGUUCAGAGAGACUUCCAUCACAUGUAGCAUCACAUAGACCUCAUCGUUGUACCAUAUCAGGCUGUGGCAAGGAAUUUAAAUUGAAAGCUCACCUUGCUCGCCAUUGUGCUACAGCUCAUGGACUUGUUAUUAGAGCUGGCAGUCCAAGACCAAUCAUGAAGACCAGGGCAGCAUUUUAUUUACAGACUACUCCUUUAACAAGAAAAGCUAGACGUUAUGCUGCACAUCUUAUUAAACCCCGGCAUGCAGCUAGGAAUCCAUUCCAACCUAUUAAUGUAUUGGCAAUCAAACAAGAAUUUCAUUCAAGAAUGAUUGAAGGUCAACCAGACUUACCAAAAUUAGAACCUCAUGAAAGAGGCAAGGUUGUGGAUGUGUCACACAGACUUGGAACCCCAAAUUUGCCACCACCUGAUUGGUUACUACCAACACCGUUGGAUAAAAUACCAAAAUUAGAAAGGGAAGCUUUCCCACCACCUCCUCGAAAUGAAGAUGGUUCUUUGUCAAUUCCAAAACAUCCUAUGGAUAUGGAGGAAAACAAUGUUCGGCUGACUCCUAACAUUGCUAGUGCAUCUCCUACUAUCCUUAGAAAACGAGGAUAUGAGCAGCAGAAUGGAGUUGAUAUUGCAUCCGUGCCGCCGAAGCGGAGAGCUCUGUCUGGUGGUGGAGUGAUCAAGUCUACCCCUGACAUUUUCAACGUGAGUUCCCUUGCUCGGAGUUCCGUAGUGAACACGCCCUUGAAUGGGCGGGCUAAGAUGGCCACUAUCACCCGAGUGGGUGGACGCAAACAAAUGAUCAGUUGGGUGGAUGCCCCAGAUGAUGUUUACUUUGUAGCCACUGAUUCAACUAAGAAGCUAAGAAAACAGAUAACCAUACCUGAAUUACGGCGAUCUGCUCGCAAACCUUGUAGAAAAUUGAAUCUAAAAAUUCCUUUUUAUUAUGACAACCCUCCACCUCCCAUUGUUCCUGGUCUCAUCACUACCCCUCUGCCCAGUACUGCUGCUGCGACUGCUCCUCCUGAAACAGUUAUUGACUGAGUCUUCAUACUCUCACUGAGAUAAAGACAAUUUUCAUAUGAGGCUGCUCAAAACAAGGAAAGCAGAGAAAAGCAUUUCAAUUUCCGAUAGAAAAAAAAAAAGUGUUAAGCUUAUCAAAGGACUUAUUAUAAAGUUGUAAGCUCUUUCAAAACUCAGGAGACGUUUCGUUAAUCUUCACAAAACAAGAAGUUAAUGGUUCUGUGCAAAGUGCUUUUAUAUAUUGUGAUUCUUCUAAGGAAGAAUGACUGUGUUCGUGCUUCCUACAUUGAAAUCUCAGGUGUUUUUGGAGGAUUAUGUUGUAGCAUAAAGCAGAGCUGGAAGCAUUUUCCUUAUCAUAUAUCAUUUUGUGUGUGUGUGUGUGUGCAAAACAAAACACAAUUUACAUUGUUGGAUUAUAAGUCUUUGUCGUUUUCAUUACUGCCAUAUUACACUGUAUUAGAUAUUAAAAGUUUUCCUUCCCGCUGCUUGCUUUUUAAUCUUUUUUAGUUUCAACUUCAUUUCUUACAUUCUGUGUGACUGCAUAAUUUUGCUGUUUUUUAUUGAAAACAGGAAUAUGGUGUGUCUACAGCUCUCAAGGUAUCUUUUCUUGAAGAACUUGCAUAAACUGAACUUGAAAUAUUAAAAGUAGACUUGUUACCAUUGUUUCAUUUCUUAUAUGAAGUUAGCAUUUGCAUUGUACAUUAAGUCUUUUAACCUUUAGUUUGCAUCAGAUAUACCAGGAAUACUAUUUUAUUAAUCAUAAUUGUGUCACGACAACGAUGGACAUUACUUAGUGAAAAUGGAUCACUUUUUACAAUUUUAAAACUCUUUUGCAUCUCAGUGUUGAAUUCACAUCCCUUGUUUGUCCAAAUCAUCAAUAAUUAUACACAGUUUUAUGUUGAAAUGUUGUAGUUUACUGAAAUCAUUACUUGAAUAUCUCUGUUAUCAUUAAGGAAUUGGUUUAUGAAUGUAGACUUAAGACUGUACAUAAUUUUCAUUUUUUGCUUUACUUAUGAUACAUUUUUUUGUAUGCCCUAAAGACUGUUAUAAAUGGAAGAUUGCAUCUUUCAUUACUGUUUUGCAAGAGUAUUUGUGAAAAAUAUGAUUAAAUUUCAUUUAGCAUGAAAGCAGUUCUUGGAAGUUCUAAGUGUCAAAAUAAUGAACUGAUUUUUUUAGUACUGUGAUUUUGCUUCUUUAUUUAUAAAAAAAAAAUUAUAUGGUCUAACAUUAGAGUUGUUUACAGUAAUCUGAUUUUUUUAUUUUUAUUUUGAAACAUUAUAAAUUCUAUAUUAAUUAGUAAAAUAUACUUAAAUACUGAUGUGAGAAUAAUUAAAAUUUGAUACUUAAUCCAAGAUUAUGCACUGGGCUUCAAGAUAUGGGUCUCCGUUCUAUCGAAAGAAUGUUGAUUUUAUUAAUCAAGUUUGUUUACAAAUAAUUAUUGAGAAUCAAAAACUUCCAGGACCACAGAGAUAUGGGCUCAUUUGAAUUUCGGAUAUCUCUUAUUGGUUCAACUGUAUCAGAUCUGAAUCAUGUUUUGCACAACAUUGGAUCAUGAUUUGCACUUACAACUUUUUAAGUUUUACAUUAAGGCUUUUCCCCUUUGUUAUUGAUAUUUGUAAAAAUUAGCAAAUUUAUUUUGUGGCAAUUAUUUAUUAUUUUUGAUCAGAAUAAAAGUUUUUUUUGGUA